AUGCCGCCUGCACUUGAAUAUAGUGAAGAUGAAUCUGUAGGAGAGUCAAUCCCUUUCAAUGAUGGUGAGGAAGAGGAACGGACCGCCAAGAAGAGGGACGCUACUCCUGUAAAAGAUGCGGAAGAGGAAGAAAACGGCGAAAGCGGCGGCGGUUAUGGCGAUGAUGAGGAGGAGGUGGUGGUGGUGGAGGAGGAGGAGGAGCGGGGGGAGGGGGGGGACGAGGACGAGGACGAGGAUGAGGACGAGGAUGAAGACGUGGAGGAAGACGUAUAUGUCGUUGAAAAGAUUAUGGGACAUGAGUUUGCCAAAGAUGGCGCCCUGCUCCUUCUGGUUAAGUGGAAAGGUUAUGAGAACCCGGAGGAUCAGACUCUAGAACCAGAGAAAAAUCUACUGUAUUUCUUCCAACUGACCCCGCUCUCAAGUCGCAAAUCUUCUAACCUCAUGUUCAGAGAAGACACACCGGAAAUAGUGGAGGAAUACUACUUGAAGAUUGGUGGACGCCCUGAAAAGCCAUCAAAGAAACGGAAGUCCCUUGCCGAGUCCUCUACACUGUCGCGCGACACAGCCUCCAGCAAAAGAUCUAAAAAGUCUCGAUCGGUGGAUGGAACCCCCGAGAUGGAAAAUAACGCUGCGAAUUGGAUGCCAAAAACGAAGAACUGGGAUACGCAAGUCAAGUCUAUCGAUACCAUAAUGCGCGAUCCGCCCACGGGCAACCUGUUUGUGUACCUCAACUGGAAUAAUGACAAGAAAGCGAAAGUAUCGAUCCAACAAUGUUAUGAGAAGUGCCCACAAAAGAUGCUGCAAUUCUACGAACAACACCUCGUUUUCAAGGAUGCUUAA